CAUGCACCGCACCCCAAUCGCCGGCCCCGCAGGCAAUUGCAGACGAUGCAGUGAAGCGCACCAUGGCCGACGUGAAGAAAGAUACCGACGGGCCGGACCCGUUCUCGCCGUCGGCGUUCGACCUGGCCCAGCUGCCCGACCACGACAACGACUUCGUCAACGAGGACGACUUUAUACAGUUCGCCCGCGCCCUCGCCGCCCCCGAGACGUCGCCCUCCACCGAGGACCUGACCGCCCCGCCCGACACCCCGCACCACUUCACCGCCCAGAAUGACUGGCGGCCCGUCCACCAGCGCGUGCGCCGGCGCAAGAAGAGCAAGGCCGCCCCGCGCCGCGGCAAGGACGAGACCCGCGAGGGCUUCGUCUACGUGCUGCUCAAGUGGCCGCUGCUGGUCUUCGUGCUGGGCUGGCUGCUGUUCCUGAGCGUCGCCUACGUGCUGACCCGCCUGUACAUCUACCUGUACGAGCACUGGGUCACCUGGCGCGGCACCCGCAACCGCCUGCGCCAGCAGCUGCAGACCGCCACCACCUACGAGGCCUGGGUGCGCAGCGCCAAGGAGCUCGACGCCUACCUGGGCAGCGACCUGUGGAAGGAGACGCCCGAAUAUGCCUACUACGACAGCAAGACGGUCAAGCGCGUGCACGACCAGAUGGCGAAGCUGCGCCAGCGCGCCGAGUCCGACGAGAACGGCAACACAGACGCGAAGACCAUCGAGGGCAAGAGCCGCGCCGUUGAAGACCUGCGGGCUCUGGUCGAGGCCUGCAUGAAGAACAACUUUGUCGGCUUUGAGAACCCGCGCCUGUACAGCGAGACCUACUACGGCACCAAGAACCUCGUGCAGGCCUUUGUCGACGAGGCUGCCACUUCCAUGGAGUUCCUCCUGCAGACCAAGCAGCUCGACGCCGAGAACAAGCGCGCGCUGUUCAAGCACCUGGGCAGCAACUUCGGCCGGACCGCGCUGUGCUUGAGUGGAGGCGCCACCUUCGCCUACUACCAUUACGGUGUCGCAAAGGCACUGCUGGACGCCAACCUGCUCCCGGAGGUCAUCACCGGUACAUCUGGAGGAGCUUUGGUUGCAGCGCUGCUGGGCACACGCACGGAUGAAGAGCUCAAGAAACUCCUCGUUCCAGCACUCGCCCACCGCAUCAAAGCAUCUCAGGACAGUAUGCUGACCUGGAUGAAGCGGUGGUACAAGACCGGCGCCCGUUUUGAUGCCGUUCAGUGGGGCAAGGGGUGCUGCUGGAUGACCAGAGGCAGCAUGACUUUCAAAGAAGCCUACCUGCGGACUGGUCGCAUCCUGAACGUGUCCUGCGUGCCGUCCGAUCCACACUCGCCCACCAUUCUCGCCAACUACAUCACCGCGCCCGACUGCGUCAUCUGGUCGGCAGUCUUAGCAUCUGCCGCCGUGCCCGGCAUUCUCAAUCCAGUCGUGCUCAUGAAGAAAGACAAGGACGGCAGCCUCUCCCCUUAUUCGUUCGGCCACAAAUGGAAGGACGGGUCGCUGAGAACCGACAUCCCCCUCAAGGCACUGAACCUCCACUUCAACGUCCGCUACUCCAUCGUCUCGCAGGUCAACCCGCACAUCAACAUCUUCUUCUUCUCGUCCCGCGGCUCCGUCGGCACCCCCGUAACGCACCGCCGCGGCCGCGGCUGGCGCGGCGGCUUCAUCGGCUCCGCAAUCGAGCAGUACCUCAAGCUCGACCUCAACAAAUGGCUCAAAGUCCUGCGCCAUCUCGAGCUCCUCCCGCGCCCACUCGGCCAGGACUGGAGCGAAAUCUGGCUGCAGCGCUUCAGCGGCACCAUCACCAUCUGGCCGAAAUCCAUCCCCAGCGACUUCAUCUACAUCCUCUCCGACCCGACCCCGCAGCGCCUCGCCCGCAUGAUCCACGUCGGCCAGCAGUCCUGCUUCCCCAAGCUGCAGUUCAUCGCCAACCGCGCCAAGCUCGAGGCCCACAUCCACAACGGCCGCCGCAUGUACCGCCCGCGCCCGGGCCCCGGCGCGGACCUGCGCCCCUCGCUCUCCGACGACGACCUCACCGGCCUCCUGGCCGCCGCCACGUCCGCGGAUAACCCGGACCCACACGCAACGUACCCCGACCCCGACCCCUCCGACUCCGACUCUGACUCCGACCCGGAUCGCUCCGCCCUGCCCUUCCCGUUCGCCCGCCCGCGCCCGCGCCCGCUGGACACAGAUCCGCGCCUCUCCCCCGCCCCGCACGCGCCAGACUCGCCCUCCUUGUCCCAGCGCCUGUCUGGCUGGUGGUCCACGAUGAGCCCGCCCGCGCGGUCGCCCGAGCGCGGAGCGCGGCUGCGUCGCGGGCCGCGUGUGAGAGCUGCAGCGGGCGUCGAUGAGCUGGGCCGGCCGCGGUCGAUGUUCGAGCUUGGUGCUGGGGGGGUUGGUGCUAGCGCUAGUGAAGAUAGUGAGGGGGAUUUCGGGGACGGCGAUAUUGAGCAGUUGAGGCGGGAGGCGGGGAGGCGGAGAGAUGGUGGGGAGGCGGUGUUUGGCGGCGCGUUGGGGGAGGGGGAUUGGGGGGAUGUUGAGAGCGGGGAUGAGGCAGUCGAGACGUAG